UCUCUCUCUCUCUCUCUCUCUCAGUCUCUGUCCGGGACACCUGUGGAAGAGCAGCAGCUCCUCAGUCUGAAUCAGAUCACUUUCUCCUCAUUUCUUUAUUUUUCUCUGCUCGUGUUUUAAACAGUAACUGGUUGUAAUAAUUAGGAUUUGAGUUCCUGCGGUUCUGCGUUUAUUCGGGGACUCUUCUCUUCAUGAGCGCUGAGGAGAGCAUGCGUACGGAGGGGAAGCUGGAGGCGGUGAUUCAGAAGCUGGAGGAGAGUGUGUUAUCAGAGGAGAAGAGGUUGACGGUUCGUGGCCCCUCCCCUGAUGCCCCGCCCACCUGUAUUCCCGCUCGAGUAAGAGAGAUCGUCACCAAGAACCUGAACGAAAGCGGGGGCAGUAUGUCGUCGGUUCUGUCUCUGCAGGAGGAGAACCGGGUUCUGCAGGGUGAACUCGGGCGUCUGGAGGACCUGCUGGCUCACAGUCGCGCAGACCGCGAUGAGCUCGCCAUCAAAUACAGCGCCAUCAGUGAGAGGUUGGAGCAGGCCCUGCGGUUGGAGACGGGUGAUGGGGACAGGGACUGUGCAGAGUCGCGGAGUCUCGCCCAGCAGAACGUGGAUCUGCGGCGCCGCCUGGAGGAGGAGCAAGCGGCCUACAAACGCAAACUCACCGCCUACCAGGAGGGACAGCAGAGACAAGCCCAGCUCGUCCAGAAGCUCCAGGCCAAGGUUCUCCAGUAUAAGAAGAAGUGCAGUGAUUUGGAGCAGUCUCUGUUGGAGAGGUCGUCUGAUAUGGACCAGAACAGACUGAGUGGAGACAUGUCCAGUAAUGGUCAGCGGCGUGAGGAGGACGAGCCCAGCAGUGAACUGGAGACAGCUCUUAUUCGUCUCGAGGAGGAACAGCAGAGAAGCAGCAGUCUGUCAGCGGUGAACGCAAUGCUGCGUGAACAGUUGGAACAGGCCAGUCUGGCCAAUGAGGCGCUGAGCCAGGACAUACGCAGGCUCACUGCUGAUUGGACCAAAGCGAGGGAGGAGCUGGAGCAGAGGGAAGCUGACUGGAGGAGAGAGGAGGAGUCCUUCCAUAACUACUUCAGCAGUGAGCACAGCCGUCUGCUGGCUCUGUGGCGGCAGGUCGUGGGCUUCCGCAGGAGUGUGUGUGAGCUGAAGAGCGCCACCGAGAGGGACCUGUCUCACAUGCGUAACGAGAUGUCUCAGGUGUCUCAGACAGUGCAGCUGCAGUGUGUGGGGGUGUGUGUAGCGGUGCGCAGUCGUGAGGACGGCUCGGCGCUGGUUCUGGAGCGCGAGGCGGCGCAGAGGACCGCUCUGGAACAGCAGCUCAGAGAGAGAGUGACGGAGAUGAUGAACCUGCAGGCCAGGAGCGACUCUGAGAGAGCUGAACUCAAUAACAGGCUGGCGGAGGCUGUACGGGAGGUGGAGAGACUGAAGGCUCGAAAAGAGGAGAGAGAGUAUGAGGUGGCAUCGCUCACCAGGAAACUGGAGGAGCAGAGUGGAGAUGAAGAGUCAGAGCUCAUGUCACUGAGAGCUCACACUGAAACUCUGCUGGACACACUGAGGGACAUCGCUCAGGCGAUGUUAUCUGACUCAGACUCUGGGGUGUUAUCGUCCACGAUGGAGGGGGAUUCAGAGAACAGCUCAUUAUCUCUAUUACCCUUCCUCCGCUCCCCCUCCCCCCAGCGCCCCUCGUCCCCCCGAAAACCCUCCGUCCCCCCGCUCCCAGAGUCCAGCCUCUCCGCCCUGCGCUCCAUGGUGACCAGCAGACAGCUCCAGCUACAGGAGGUCAGAGGUCGUCUGCAGUCUGCGCAGUCCUCUCUGCAGCAGCUGCGCAAACAACUGGCAGAGGCGGAGUCUGGGAGGCGGGAGGCGGAGCUACGGGUGCAGGCGAUGCAGGGGGAGCGGGACGAUGCUCAGAGAGAGAGAGAGACAGCUGUGAAAGAGAGAGACAGGAUGCGUCAGGAAAGAGAGAAAAUCAACAGUGAGAGGGACGGGCUGCAGAAGGCGGCUCAGGCUGCGCAGACGAGAGCAGAGCUGCUGCAGCUGGAGUGUGAGAGGCUUCAGCAGGCUGCAGCGUCUGCACAGAGAGAGAGAGACCACGAGAGAGAGGAGAGAGAGGCGGCCGUGCAAGAGAGAGAGCGCGCCAAAGCUGAGACCCUGAGAGUUCAGACUCAGUGGAGUCAGAGUGAGACUCGUGGAAGCUCUCAGCGCUCUGAACUGGCUGCAGUGAAGGAGGCGCUCCAGCAGGGGGAGAUAGAGAAGCAGCUGCUGGAGGCGGAGAAGAACCAGCUCACUGAUGCUCUGAGCAGAGCAGAGUCCAGUAAUGCUGAGUUAACAGUGCUGGUAGCGAAGCUGCACUCUGAGGAAGCUGCACUGAGGGAUUCCUUGGCUAAAAUGGGCGGCAUGAACGAAAGCCUGGCCCAGGACAAAUCUGACUUGAACAGCAUCAUCAUACAGCUGGAGGAGGAGAAGAGUGUCCUGCUGACCCAGCGGAGAGAGGCGGAGCAGGAGAAACUGACCAUCAGAGACGAGCUGGUGCGUCUGGAGCAGGACCGCCUGGAGCUGGACACCGCCCGCCUCGCUCUGCACCAACAGCUGCAGGAGUCUGAGCUGCUGAGGGCGGGGCUGGAGGCGGAGCUUCAGAUGAUCAAAGCUGACAGGCAGAAACUACAGGAAAAAGUCACACAGCUGUGUGGUGAGGUGAGCUCCCUGGGGGCGGAGCUCGGCAUGGUCCGUGGUGAAGGGGAGCGACAGGGUGUGGCUCUGGAGGAGGCGGGGCGAAGCAGGGCGGAGCUUGCCAGGGAGAGGGCGGGGCUUGUGGUCCAGCUAACAGCAUCUGAGAGAGAAAACGCCGCACUGACUGAAGAGCUGACUGCACUCAGGUCGGAGAGGGAGAUGCUGGAGGCGAGUCUGUUCGAGGUUCAGCAGCAGCUGGUGCAGCUGGAGUCUCGCAGAGAACAGAUCGAAACAGAAAACAACAGCCUGCGACUGCGCAGCGAAACGAGCACAGCCGAACUGAAGCGUUUGCGCGCGGAUCGAGAGAACGUCGUUGCUCAGGGAGAGCGAGAACGGGCGGGGCUUAAACAGGCACUGGCCGACGCCCAGCAGGAGGCGCAAACCGCUCUCCGCAAUGUUCUGAACGACCACCAGGAGGAGCUAGAGAGACUCGCUAGUGAGAAGGAGGCGCUGCGCUGCAGUCUGGAGGCCGAGCAGGAGGGGGCGCUGCGCCGGCUGAGGGAGGAGUUGGAGGAGCAGCUGCGCAGGAUGGAGAGAGAGAGGGAGGAGCUACAGGAGGAGAUUCGAACUCUACAGCACCAGAGAGACCAGCGCCUCCUGCAGGCUGAGAGUGAGAAACAGCAGGCGCUGUCUCUGAAGGAGACGGAGAAGGCCAUGCUGUCGGAGAAGGUCUGCUCUCUGCAGGCUGAGCUGGGAACUGCAACGCUGGAGGUGGAAAAGCUCAGCAGAGAAGCUCAAAACCUGAAGGACCAGGAGAGGGUUGCAGUUGCUGCUCUAAGCGUGGAGCUUCAGGAGCUGCGGCUGCAGUUGGAGGAGACGGUGAGCUCACACAGCCGAGAGCUGCGCAGACUGCAGGAGAACUGCACAGACCAGCAAACCCGUGCAGACACCACACUGAGAGAGCUGGAGGAGUGUCGGGGUCUGCUGGUGGUGUGUGAGGAGAGCCGAGACGGUGCCAGGCGGGACGUCCUGGAGCUGGAGAAGCGCCUGUGUCAGAUGCGGGACGGCGGGGAGGGGCACCGGAGAGACGCCGUGGAGCUGCGGCGCUCCCUCAGUGACAUCACCAAAGAGAGAGACGCUCUCAGCCAAUCAAACGGCCAGCUGAGGGACGCCCUCAGGGCUGCGGAGAGCGAGCGAAUCAGUGUGAAGCGUCAGUGUGAGGAGAAGGAGCAGCGUCUGACCGUGCAGGAUGAGACUCUGGCGUCUGCGCAGAAGGAGGUUGGGGAGCUGCGCAGUUGCCUGAGGGAGGUUGAGAGAUCACGGCUGGAGGCCAGGAGGGAGCUGCAGGAGCUGCGCAGACAGGUGAAGGUGGUGGACGGGGAGCGGGAGCAGAAAGGCAGGGAGGUGGCAGAGCUCCAGGCUCGUCUGUCUCUGGAGGAGCAGAGGGAGGAGGAGCGAGGGAAGGAGCUUUUCUCCCUCAAACAGAGGCUGGCCGAGGCAGAGGCAGGCAGGAACUCCCUCAGAAAAGAGCUGACCUCCCUGCAGAAGUGUUUGUGUGACAGCGAGUGUGUGUGGCGCGGCUGCGAGCGGGACCUAGCUGCGCAGCUGCAGGAGGCGCGAGGCUGCGAGAAGAAGCUGCAGGACGAGGCGAGGAAUCUGUCCCUGCGGGCGCAGACUGCGGCCUCCGCCUCCGCCCAGAUCCAGCUGCAGCUGAGCGAGGCCGAGGGCCGGCUGGCCGCCACGGAGGCGGAGCUAACGCGCUCGGAGGCGGGGCGACGGGACCUGGAGUUCAGGCUGAUCAGCCUGCAGUCGGCGCUCACUCGCACGCUGGGCAUCAGCGCGGGGGGGCGGGCCAGCCGCGGACGCAGCCCUAUAGGCUCCUCCCACUCCUCCUUAGCGUCCGGGGUGGUCCUGCGGAGGAGGAGCGUGUCCCCGCUGCGCUGCUCACUGUCGCCCCCUAAAGACCCGGUGGAUAAAUCCAGUCCUGAUAACACUGUAGCAUCUCGUCCUUUAUCUCCAGAAAGAGGAGACACUCCUGUUCCUCUCCUUCUACCUGAACUCGACUCAGAAUCAGUUCGUAACGGCCUCAGAGACUUCCUGCAGGAGCUCCGGGAGGCACAGAGAGAGAGGGAUGAAGCUCGGACCCAAUGUGGGGCUCUGCAGAGGGAACUGGAGGAGGUAACAGGAGAACGAGACUCCGCCCAGGACCGCCUCUCUCAGCUCCAUAACACACUGCAGGAGUGUCAGGAAGGUAAGCGUGGUGUGGACAGCAGGUUGAGCUCCACUCAGGCGAUGCUGCAGCAGCAGGAGGAGUGUGUGAGGAGAGGAGAGAGAGAGAGGAGAGCGCUCACUGAGAGAGUGAACGAGCUGGAGAGAACACUGCAGAACGCUGAGACAGAGCGCAAGCACCUGCAGGAGCAGUGCAGUAAGCUGAGAGCGGGGGAGGUGCGAUUGGAGGCGGAGAGGCGGAGACUGCGGGAAGCUCUGGAGGGGGCGGAGUCUCGGGCUACACGAGUGGAGCUGGGGAGGCGGAGCCUGGAGGGAGAGAUCCAGCGUCUUCGAGUGUGUAUUACUGAGCGAGAGACAGAGGCCCAGACUGCACAGGAACGACACGAAAGCAUGCUCAAACAGGUGGUAGACGCUGAGUCUCGGGUGGCGGCUCUGCAGAGGGAGAUGGACAGGCUGACGGCGGUGCUCUGUAAGGUGCAGGACGCUGAGUGUGUUCAGAGAGAGAAAGCUCAGACUGUUUCACUCACCCUGCAGGAGACCGCCGCCGCCCACAGCGCCACCCAGGGGCGACUCGCCACCCUGCAGAAGAGCCUGAGCACGGCCGAGCAGGACCGCAGACUGCUGCAGGAGCGUGUGGAUGAGCUGCGGGCGGCGCUGAGUGAGGGGAAACACACGGUGGCGUCUCUUACUGAGCGCGUGCAAACGCUGCAGUCUGAACUCUCACAAAGCCAACUGCGGAGAGAAGAACUCGAGACAGAGCUGUCCAACACACAGGAGGCGCUGCGUCAGCGUAGCUCUGCCCUCUGUGAGGCUCAGCGCAGUCUGCAGGCGGUGCAGACGGAGCGGGCGAAUGCAGAGGAGCGUCUGCGAGCGCUGCAGAGAGCCGUGGCCCUGCUGGAGACGGAGAAGAGGGAUGCUGAGAGGCAGGCGGUGCGUCUGGAGAAAGACAAGAACGCACUCAGGAACACCCUGGAUAAGGUGGAGCGUCAGAAGCUGAAGACGGAGGAGAGCAGCAUGCGUCUGUCUGCAGAGAGAGGACGUCUGGAUCUGUCUCUGAACACAGCAGAACAGGAGCUGCAGGACGCACAGAGACAGAUAUCACUGCUACAGGACGAGUUGGUGUGUGUGAGGGAGAAGAUAGCUGUGUGUCUGGCUCAGCUUGUGGAGAUGGAAGCGUCUCACACUGCGAGCGAGCAGUCGGCCCGUCAGCGUGAUGAUGCUCAGAGGGAGGUGGAGCGACUGAGAGCCAAUCAGAGAGAAGCAGAGAGAACGCUGGCAGCUCGAGAGAGAGCUCACAGACAGAGAGUGAAGGGGCUGGAGGAGCAGGUGUCUACACUAAAGGAGCAGCUGCAGCACGAGUUGCGGCGCAGGCAGCCGUCUCUGACCCCCAUGUCCAUGAGCAACUGACCUCAGACCAGCCAACACCAAUAAACUCUGAAGUCCUCCCUGAUACAGGACUCCUGAACAGCUGAUUUCAGAUCAGCGCACAUCAUUUUUAAAGCACAGUGUCAAAUCUACAGCAAUCUACAGCAAACCUCCAUCUUCAGGAAGCUUAAAAACCUGUUUAAUGUAUUGAAAUGUAUAAAAAAGACCAAUUUCAGCUGUUUUCAGGACCAAAGUGAUGCAUAUAUAUAUAUAUAUAUAUAUAUAUAUAUAUAUAUAUAUAUAUAUAUAUAUAUAUAUAUAUAUACACAGAUAUUUCAGCAUGUAAUCUCACACCACUGUAGUGUACAAACACACACACCUGAUGAGGUGAGGAUCAGCCUCUUAUUCCAAAAAGCCAUGCAGAUGAAUGUGAAAUAUAUACACAGUGUUUCUGCAGAAAAGCAGGAAUUCAGGAGUAGGAGUAGUUUAAUAAUGUGAAAUUAUUAACAUGAAUUAUUUUAAAAACACAGGGAAAAAACAGGGAAUUUACGAGGGAAAAUUUUGUAAAAUGAAGCAGACACUAACACAAAAUAUAUUUUAUUUUCUGUUAUUUUGUUGUUUACAUUUUUAGAAAGAUGAAGUUAUUUUUUAAAUAUUGGAUUAAACCAAUGGAGACAUGUGUUUAUUACUCUGUACACCGACUGUAAGGUCAUUAAUGUAUUGUUAUAUAACAUCUGUAGCUGAUUCCAGUGUAACAGUUUAUUAAUAGAUUAAUGUGAUUUAUAUCCUGUUCACACUGACCAAGCAGUGAACCACCAACACUAACAAGCCUCAUUCUGAGAAACUAUAAAACCAAACCAAUAUGAAUUAACAACAAAAAUCUCCAAUAAAUUCCAGCAUUCUGAACCCUCAGACAAUAAAAAUGAACAUUUUUGACUAUUAA